UGGCAGCUACUAAGCCUGUUCAUGGUUCCCAGCUAGAACACCAGAAGAACAACUUUCAGCAUGAACGCGUACCUGUCAAACAGGAAAGUUUAAAGGAUGUCUAUGGCCAAAAGAGCCAAAGCUAUUCAUAUUGUCUUUCUCCAGAAAGCAGUCAACACAUCUGCAGGCGCAGUUCAGCUGGACUGCAGAGCAAGUAUCCCACUAGCCACAUACAGACUCUGACAACUAAAUCAGUAGUCAGACGGAAAGGAGUGGACCGUGCAUAUCCCCUGAAACCAAUUUUUCACCACAAGGACAUGAGUGUUCCAGCGCUCAACAGAGCACAUCUUGGAAAUUCCCCAUACACGGAGGAAGCUCAAAAUCAUAGGCCUAGCUUAAUGAGCAAAGGGAAGCCUCCAGGAGGAAUGACUCAGCUAGCUGCAGUGCUCUCUCCUGGGACAGCAGAACCUAAGCAGUCAGCCUCCUAUCCACACAGGAGAGAGAUGGACUACAUCCUAAAGUUGGAGGCAGAUGGACAGAACCUGGAGAAGGAAAUUCAAAAGAAGAAGGCCCUCCUCAGAGAGAAGCUGGAGAGAACAAAGGAGGUGCUUAAGAGGAUUCAAAGAGAGAAGGAGCUUGUCAAGGUAGAGGAGAGAAGAGACAGAGAAGUGGAAAGGACCCAUGAGCAAAAGGCUGCAAGAGACCCUGAAGAGAAAACUCCCAGAAUUGCAGUCAUGCCAGGUGAUGGAGUCCUCAGUGGGGCGCAGUCUGCAGAGGCCACUAUCCCCAAGUUUGGCACCAGCCUCCACCCCCAAGAGCUCUCUAUGGGGAAACUCAAGAAGGAGCAGCUGGCGGCCAGCAACAGCAAAAUUCGAGACCACAUACCCAUGGGGCAUUUAGCCUCUUGUUCAGAGCUGGCUCCAAAGCAUAGACCUUCUCUCUCUGACCGAGGUUCUGGUGACCACUUGUCCACAGAGGUGCUGCACAUGCAGGCUGACAGCGCCAUGGAGCAGGGGAAGCUCACACAGUGCAGCUUCUGCGGACGUAAGUUUCUCUGCGCCAGGCUUGAGAAGCACAUGAGUAUUUGCAGCAAGAGCCAAGGCUCCCAGAGGAAAGUGUUUGAUUCCAGAAAGGCCAGAGUUAGGGGAACAGAACUGGAACAGUAUCAGCAGUGGAAGAGCUCAGAGGAGCCUGAGAAUAAGCCACCCAGAAAGAACAACUGGAAACAGAAGCAUGAAGUUUUGAUUCAAACCCUGCGCCAGGCCCGCCAGAUCCAGCAAGUCCUCUCCAAGGGAGGGAAGGCAUCUGCCCUGCUUCCCUUGCCUCCCAUCGAAAACCCAGACUAUGUUCCCUGCCCCUACUGCAAACGCCGAUUUGCUCCCCAAGUAGCUGAGAGACAUAUUCCUAAAUGCAAAUACAUCAAGAGUAGGACCUUACCCCCACUGCAGAGGAGACUCAACAUGGAGUCUGGGUGUAGAUGUGAGGCUGCCACUGUUCAGCCAGCUGAGCAGAGAAGAAAGGCUGUUGCUACAGGCUGUCAGCAGGACAGCAGCAAGGAGCAAACCAGCCAUGCGAAAGGGGCUGUUCUUCAGAAUCGUUAA